CCUACGAUUACUCGAUCAGGGUUUUAGGGACACAGGACACUGCAAUGUGCCGGGUUUUGCCUUGCAGUUCAUCGUGCUUGGUUUUCUUCGGAGUCUGGGUCGAUGGAAUCUGAUCUACGUUCGCUUCGAAUAACUUCUAUCGAAAAUGAAGAAGAAGACGAAGAAAGAGAUGAUUUUGGCAAGGAGGGAGAGCAGGAAGACGACGAUGACGAUGAGGAGGAAGAAGAUGAGGUUGAGGUAACCCUAGGCUUUGCUGAGAAGCCCAAGAACCCGCGUCUGCUUCUCCGUCAUCUUUUUCCCAGCAAGGCCGGAGGCUUUCCCGCGUGGUUGGACCCUGUGGAUCUUCCUGCCGAGAAAUCUUUUACCUGUGGGUUCUGCAGGGAGCCGCUUCAAUUCCUUCUUCAGAUUUAUGCACCAAUUUCUGAUAAGGAAUAUACUUUCCAUCGGAUGCUUUACGUGUUUAUGUGCCCUUCGAUGUCGUGUCUUUUGAGGGACCAACACGAACAAUGGAAGCGCACUGUAGAAAAUCCCUGUCGAAGCGUGAAGAUUUUCCGUUGUCAGUUGCCUAGAUCAAAUCCGUUCUACUCAAGUGAACCUCCUAAGCGUAAUGGCACCGAUAUACCAACCAUUAAUGGAGCUCCAUUGUGUUGUUGGUGUGGGUCCUGGAAAGGGGACAAAGUCUGCGGUAGUUGCAAAAGUGCUCGUUACUGCUCUGCGAAACACCAGUCUUUGCAUUGGCGGUUAGGGCAUAAAAUUGAGUGCUCCAAGAUACUGAAUCUGUCAGAAACUUCUGCAUCUUGCAUUGUUAAUGGUAAAGCAAAAGUAAGAGCAACAGAGAAAUAUGCCAGCAAUAGCUUAUGGCCUGAAUAUGAGAUCAUAAUAGAGGAGGAAUGCACAUUUGAUUCAGAAAUUCCUGAAGAUAAUAGAUCUAUCACCUCUUUGGCAUUUACAAGUAACAGAAUAGAUGAAACAUAUCAAUUAUUGUCAGACAAAUUUGAGGCUGACACAGAUAAAAAGGUUUGGGCAUCAUUUCAAGAACGCAUUGCUAAAGCACCCGAGCAAGUGUUGAGAUAUUGUCAGGAUCCCGCUGCCAAACCGCUUUGGCCUUUGACAAUUGGUCGCCCAUCUAAAGCAGAUAUUCCCAGAUGCAACUACUGUAAAGGCCCUCUUUGCUAUGAAUUUCAGAUUAUGCCUCAGUUGCUUUUCUAUUUCGGUGUAAAGAAUGAUCCCGACUCCCUUGAUUGGGGAACCAUUGUUGCGUACACAUGUUUUGCUUCUUGUGAUGCUAGCAUAAGCUACAAGGAGGAAUUUGCAUGGGUUCAGCUAUAUCCUACAGCAACAGUAGCUUGAUUCAUUAGGGGUUAAUCCAGUUUCUCCUGUGCUACUGCGACCUAACGUGGAUAUCACAGACAGCAAUCCAAUCCAUUUUAACGAACAUCUUUGGCUGCAUCUGAGCGUGUGAGCCACUUAGGGACAGUUUUGUUAAAUGUUAUAUAGAUAGAAUAUUAUUUAUUGUUCCAUUAUUUAAGCUAUGAUGCACUGUUCUUUUUGCAAUAUUAUUUUAUUCAAAUAAUACUGUGUUGUGUAAAACUAUGAAUU